AUGGUUCAGCUGAGUGGAGCUAUCUGCAACAGAAAUAGCAUCAAUGAAGACUUCUCAGUAAAUAUUUUCUCUGUCUCCUCUUUGCCUCCCCUCGGGUCUGACUCGGAGGUGUCUGAAGGAGACAAAGCUGGAGCAACCUUGUUGUUCUCUGGAGUUUGUCUGGGGCUGAUUGGAAUUGCUUUCACAGUGAUGGGGUGGAUGAAUUACAACAGUAGCAAGAGUAGCACCAGUUUUGAAUGGACGCAGUUGCUUGGCCCCAUCCUUCUCUCAGUAGGAGUAAUGUUUGUGCUAAUCAGUGUUUGCAAAUUCAAGAUGUUGACCUGCAAGAUUUGUAAACACCAUGAUGACAGAUCGCCAGAAGAGGAACCGGCACAACCUGGGCAGCCUUUUGUUUUCACCGGCAUAAAUCCGCCUAUUACAUUCCAUGGAGCCAGGGUGAUGCAGUACCUCCCUCCACCACAUGCUGACAAUGAUCAUUCCAGAGGAAUACUAUCUGGAGUCUCCAGAACAACACGGCCUCCUCAGUACUGUUCCAUAUACCCUUUCGGUAACCCAGUAACAGGUGAUGACCACUGCCCUCCAAGCCUCAAGCUGGACAACAGAAAUCUUGGUAACCAUGAGAAUGAAAAGAGACCAGAUGAGAAGGCCACUGCUGACGAGGACUCGGCCAGUUCCGCUCCCCCAGCAUAUGAUGACAUAUUUCCCGUUCCUCAAUCGGGAGAUUCCGCAUAA